UUUAUUAAUCAAACAAUUAUCCUAACCUACACUUUAAUUAAUUAACUAAUAAAAAUCUUACAAAUUGAGCUGGAUUAAUCUCUUAAUUAAUUCCUUCUUUUAACAAAAAGCGACCAGGAGCCGAGAAUGAUGAGAAAAGAUCGAGUUAAAAAAAAAAAAAAAAAGUAAAUUAAAUAUAUGAGAAAUAUACUACUACUAGAUUGUAGGUGACGUCACUCAAAUUACUCAGCUGCAAACUGAUGACCUGGCCGCCACGAGUCAUUUGACCCACGUGUAUUUUUUGAAUUUAACGAAUUUGAUUAUGACCUAUUUUAGUUAUUAUAUUAACUUUCCAAUUUCAUUCCCCUUAACUAUAUUGUGUUUCAUCAUUAUUGCUUGAAUUAUUUUCUUCAUAUAUAAAAGGAAGUAGUGAGCCAAACUAAUCCUUCAUCACUUUCACAUUUCACAUCUUUCAUUAUAUUACCAACAAUUAAACAAGCUUAUUUACUCAAAAAACAAAAAAAAAAUAAAAUAAAAAAAUGAAUUCAUCAUCUUCAGAGUGUUCAUCUUUUAAAUCUUCAUCUUCAGAAUCGUUCUCGUGGGAAGAAUUUAAUCCAUCUAAUAUUCUUCCCUUCAUCGAGAACGAUUCUGAAGAUAUGUUUUUGCUAGACAUGUUGUCUAGCAAUAACAUACCAAAUAUUACCACCACGACCACGACCAUGACCACGACCAAUAAUGGAUUGCCAACUUCAUCCUCCUGUUCGAUGAUUCGAGUCAAGGAGGAGGAAGUGACAUCCUCAAUGUCUAAUACAAUCAAAGAAGAGGCCGCGAUUAUUACCCCAAGUGAAAAAUCAUAUAGAGGAGUAAGAAAAAGACCAUGGGGUAAAUAUGCAGCUGAAAUUAGGGAUUCUACAAGAAAUGGUGUAAGGGUUUGGUUAGGUACUUUUGAUACACCUGAGGCAGCUGCUUUAGCUUAUGAUCAGGCCGCGCUUUCGACUCGUGGGACGCUGGCUGUACUUAAUUUUCCGGUGGAUGUAGUAAGGGAUUCGCUUAAGGAGAUGAACUAUGAGUUUGGAAAUGGGUGUUCUCCUGUUUUAGUGAUGAAAAAUAGACUUUCUAUUAGGAAAAAGAAGUCUAUGUGCAAGAAAAACAGAGUUAAAAGCAGGGGAUCAUCUUUGGAAAAUAAUGUGUUUGUUUUUGAAGAUUUGGGUUCUGAUUACUUGGAACAAUUGUUAACUGCAAGUGAAACCAUGCAUUAGUACUUAAUUAGUUAGAUUGAGGUGAUACUUUUCAUCAUUUACCUCUUAAAUGAAAAGUAUUGUUCUAAUUUUGUGAAUUUCUAGAUUUUUUUUUUGGGAAGAUUUUCUUGUAAGAUUUUGGAUUUUUUUUUUUUUUUUUUUUUAUUUUAUUUUUUAUUUUUUUUUUUUUUUUUUUUGGGGGGGGGGGGAUUUGGAUGAAUUAUAUUACAUCAAUUCUUAAAUUUUUUUUUAUUUGCAUAUAACUUUUUUUUUCCUCUUUCAAAUACAUAAAUCAUAGAUUUUGAUA